AUGGCGGCUCUGGAGCUCGCCAUGCAGGCCCUGGCUCUGUUCGGACUGGUUCUAUUCGGGGUGCUGUGGCUGAUGCACUUCAUGUCUAUCAUCUAUGUGAGGUUGUGUCUGCACAGGAGGCGGUCCGAGGUGAAGCAGCCGUUCUCUCAGUUUAAUGGAGUCUCUCUGUUGAAGCCUCUGAAAGGAGUCGACCCAAACCUGGUGUCCAACCUGGAGACCUUCUUCACCCUGGACUAUCCCAAGUACGAGAUCCUCCUGUGUGUCCAGGACCAGGACGACCCGGCGGUGGAGGUGUGUAAGAAGCUGUUGGGGAAGUAUCCUGGAGUGGACGCCCGCCUCUUCAUUGGAGGGAAGAAGGUGGGGAUCAACCCCAAGAUCAACAACCUGAUGCCCGGCUACGAGGAGGCCAAGUACAGCCUGGUGUGGGUGUGCGACAGCGGCAUCCGCGUGAAAGCCGACACUCUCACAGAUCUGACCAAUCAGAUGACAGAGAAGGUGGGCCUGGUGCACGGCCUGCCGUACGUGGCUGACCGCCAGGGGUUUGCCGCCACACUGGAACAGGUGUACUUUGGGACCUCUCACCCUCGCUCCUACAUCUCUGCUAACGUGACGGGGAUAAAGUGUGUGACUGGGAUGUCGUGUCUGAUGAGGAAGGACGUCCUGGACCAGGCGGGCGGCCUGCGCGCCUUCGCCCAGUACAUUGCAGAGGAUUACUUCAUGGCCAAAGCCAUCGCUGACCGGGGGUGGAGGUUCUCCAUGGCGACGCAGGUAGCGAUGCAGAACUCUGGUUCCUAUUCCAUUGCACAGUUUCAGUCCAGGAUGAUUCGGUGGACUAAGCUGAGGAUAAACAUGUUGCCUGGGACGGUUUUGGAGCCGGUCUCUGAGUGUUUCCUGGCCAGUCUCAUCAUCGGCUGGGCCGCCCACUACAUCUUCAGAUGGGACAUGAUGGUGUUCUUCAUGUGUCACUGUUUGGCCUGGUUCAUCGCAGACUACAUCCAGCUCACAGGAGUACAGGGCGGCGCUCCGUGUUUCUCCAAACUGGACUUUGCUGUGGCCUGGUUCAUCCGUGAGUCGAUGGCGGUGCAGAUCUUCCUGUCGGCGCUCUGGGACCCCACCAUCUCCUGGAGGACGGGGCGCUACCGUCUGCGCUGCGGCGGCACGGCGGAGGAGCUGCUGGACGUCUGA